AUGCAGAGCCCUGCCAUGAUGUCUGUGUUGCUUGUGUCCGUGGGCCUCAUGGAAGCACUCCAGGCCCAGAGCCACCCCGUCUUACGACGAGACCUCCUCUCUCGAGAAAUGCCCCUAGACAUGGCCCUGGCCUCCUUUGAUGACCAGUAUGCUGGCUGUGCCGCAGCCAUGGCGGCUGCUCUCCCGGAUCUCAACCGCACAGAGUUCCAGGAAAACAAAGUGUACGCCGAUGGCUGGGCACAGGCAAGCAGCCAGUGGCGGGAGCGCCAGGCCUGGGGGCCCGAGUGGGGUGUCAGCCCUACCCGUCUGCUCGCCCCCCUGGGCUUCCGAGAAGAGCACGGGGUGGCCCUCCUGGCUUACACGGCCAACAGCCCCUUGCACAAAGAAUUCAAUGCAGCCGUGCGUGAGGCGGGUCGCUCCCGGGCCUACUACCUCCAGCACUUCUCCUUCAAGACACUCCACUUCCUGCUGACCGAAGCCCUGCAGCUGCUGAGCAGCAGCCAGCGUCCACCCCAGUGCCACCAGGUGUUCCGAGGGGUGCAGGGCCUGCGCUUCCGGCCGGCGGGGCCUGGGGCCACCGUCAGGCUGGGGGGCUUUGCCUCCGCGUCCCUGCAGAAUGCUGCGGCCCAGCACUUUGGGGAAGACACUUUCUUUGGCAUCUGGACCUGCCUUGGGGCCCCCAUCAAGGGCUACUCCUUCUUUCCUGGGGAGGAGGAGGUGCUGAUCCCUCCCUUCGAGACCUUCCAGGUGAUCAACGCCAGCAGGCCGGCCCAGGGCCCCUCUCGUAUCUACCUCCGGGCCCUGGGCAAGCGCAGCACAUACAACUGCGAGUACAUCAAAGACAAGAAGUGCAAGUCUGAGCGCUGCCGUCUGGAUAAUUCAGCCGUGGAUCAGAGGCCCAUUCCUGCAGUCUGGUCCCUUCUACUGCUGCUCUGGUUCCUCGUUGGGGAGAUCUUUCCAGAGAGUCCGGGCCUCCUCUAG